CUCUCUCAACUGUUCCUCCUCGAGUCGGAACCAGUCGCAUGGCGUGGGCAGAACACUUCACAGAGCGGACGCACAGGCAGCACAGCGAGAGGCACACGCAAAUCAUUUACCGAGCUAGAGGAGGACAGGAAUGGUCGCUCUCCUCCGGCAGCAUCAUUUCGUUUUGAACAUGGAUUUGAGGAUCAGAAAACACAGUGGAAUGAUUUUACAGCUCGCCGUCCUUCUCUGGUGUUCACAUGGGGCAAUUGGAAAAGACAGCUGUGAUGGCCCACUGGUGUCCAACCUGCCCCAGUCCUCCUUCAGAAGCUCCUCACAGUUAUCCAACAGCCAUGGACCCGGCUUCGCUAAAGUCAACAGGAGAGAUGGUGCUGGAGGCUGGGCUCCUGUGGAGUCUAAUAAGUACCAGUGGUUGGAGGUGGACCUGGGGGAGCGGACAGAGAUCACAGCCGUGGCCACGCAGGGUCGCUACGGCAGCUCAGACUGGGUCUCCUCCUUCCUCCUCAUGUUCAGCGACACGGGCUGCAACUGGAAACAGUACCGCCAGGAGGACAACAUCCGGGCGUUCACAGGGAACAGUAAUGCAGACAGUGUGGUGCAGUUUAAACUGCAGCAGGCAGUCUUCGCCAGGUUCCUGCGGUUACUUCCUCUAGAUUGGAACCCCAACGGGAGGAUAGGCCUGAGACUGGAAGCCUAUGGAUGCCCUUACAAGUCUGACGUGGCAAGGUUUGACGGCAGCAGCUGCUUGCUCUACAGGUUCAGCCCUAACCCAACACCAAGUCAAACAGCCAAAGACACCAUCUCUUUGAAGUUCAAAACCCUGCAGAACUCUGGGACCUUGAUACACACAGAGGGACAAGAUGAUCACACUCUCACGCUGGAGUUACACAAAGGAAAACUUUUACUCCAUCUCAGAAAAGGUAAAAGUGUCUCUCCUGGUCCUGAGAGCCACAUGGUCGUGUCACUGGGUAGUCUUCUAGAUGACCAGCACUGGCACGACGUAGCCAUCGUGCGCUUUAGUGGCCACCUCAACUUCACUGUGGACAAAAGCUCUCAGCAAAUCCAGGUUCCUGCAGAACUCAGUCCUUCCGAGAUAAACGAGAUUAGCUAUGGUGGCGUCCAGUGCCAUGGAAGUCAGAGGGUUAUGUCCAGGAGGAACUUCCAUGGGUGCCUUGAGAACCUGCUCUGGAACGAUAUGAACAUGAUAGAUCUGGCCAAACAGCAACAGCAGGUCUCCAUCACGGGCAAUGUGACCUUUACAUGUGCUGAGCCAGUCUCUGUCCCCGUGACGUUCGCCGGCGCGCAGAGUUUCCUCCAGUUGCCAGGGGCAGCGCAGCAGCAGAGAGACGGCGGCGGGGUUGCCGUGGCGGCGGUUGGCGUGGCGAUCAGCCUGCAGUUCCGGACCUGGAACAGAGCGGGCCUUCUGUUAACCUUUGACCUCCAGCAGCAGGCGGGGAGCCUGUGGCUCUACCUGAGUGAGGCCAGAGUCAGGCUGCAGAUACACAAGGCUGGAAGAUACACAAUCCUAGUGGACGUCACUGCAGGAUUUGGUCUGAACGAUGGCCAGUGGCAUUCAGUAGACCUAACUGCAAGGAGAGGUCAUCUGACCAUCACUGUGGAUAAAGAGGAAGACUCCACGGCUCAUGCCAGCCCAUCUUUCCCCGUGGUAUCAGGAAACAACCUCUUCUUUGGAGGUUGCCCGGACAGUGAGAAUAACCAGGAGUGCAGAAACCCCUUCAAUGUGUUCCAAGGCUGUAUGAGACACAUCCAUGUGGAUAACAAUGCUGUGGAUCUGAUCAAGGUACAACAGAUGCUGAUAGGAAACUACAGCGAUCUCCAAAUCGACAUGUGUGGAAUCAUCGACAGAUGCUCUCCAAGCCAUUGCGAACAUGGGGGGAGAUGUACCCAGUCUUGGAGUACCUUCCAUUGCAACUGUUCGAACACGGGCUACAGUGGAGCAACAUGUCACAGCUCUGUCUAUGAGAAGUCAUGUGAAGCGUAUAAACACCAGGGUAACACAUCAGGCUUGUAUUACAUAGAUGUGGACGGAAGUGGUCCGAUCAAGUCACAGCUGAUCUACUGCAACAUGACAGAUAAAACAUGGCUGGUGAUCCAACACAAUAACACGGAGCUAACCAAAUUAAAGGCCUCCUCUGGGAUAAAUCAGCAUUUAGCCUAUUUUAACUAUUCUGCCGACGCGGAACAGCUCUGGGCCAUAAUUACCCAGGCAGAGCACUGCGAGCAGGAAGUCCUCUACCACUGCAGAAAGUCACUCCUCUUAAACACACCAGAUGGAUCUCCGUUCACCUGGUGGGUGGGUCGUACAGAUGAGCCACAGACGUACUGGGGCGGGGCGGUACCAGGGAGCCAGCAGUGUGGCUGCGGUCUUCAGGGGAACUGCAUCGACUCAGACCACUACUGCAACUGUGACGCUGACCGCAAAGAAUGGGCGACUGACUCUGGUCUGCUCACCCAUAAGGAGAAUCUGCCGGUCAGAUGGGUGGUUGUUGGGGAUAUACAGAGACCUGGAUCAGAGGCAGCCUAUAAAGUCGGACCACUCAGGUGUCAUGGCGACAAGAACUUCUGGAACGCAGCGUUUUUCAACAAAGAGACGUCGUAUCUGCACUUCCCCACGUUCCACGGAGAGCUGAGUGCAGACAUCUCCUUCCUGUUCAAAACCACCGCCGCUUCAGGAGUCUUCCUGGAAAACCUGGGCAUCAAAGACUUCAUACGGGUGGAACUCAGCUCGCCAACAGAGGUGGUCUUCUCGUUUGACGUGGGUAACGGCCCCUUUGAAGUGCGGGUGGAGACAGGCGAUGUGGCACUAAACGACGACAGGUGGCACCGUGUUCGAGCAGAGCGGAAUGUAAAAGAGGCUUCGCUGCGUGUGGACGCUUUCCCCAACGCCACACAGAAGGCCCCCGCCGACGGUCACAUCCAUCUGCAGCUCAACAGCCAGUUAUUUGUAGGUGGCACAGCCUCCAGAAUGAAAGGCUUCCUGGGGUGUAUCCGCUCGCUGCAGCUGAAUGGGAGGACACUGGACCUGGAGGAGAGGGCUAAGAUCACGCCCGGGGUGAGGCCGGGCUGCCCGGGACACUGCAGCAGCUACGGGGAGCUGUGCCAGAACCAAGGGAGGUGCGUGGAGAUGUACAACGGCUUCUCCUGCGACUGUGGCCUCUCAGCCUACGCAGGCCCCUUCUGCCAGAGAGAGGUCUCGGCUGACUUCAAACCCGGGACAUCGGUCCAGUACACAUUCAAGGAGCCAUAUGAGCUGAACAGGAACACCAGCACCCAGUCCUCCUCCAUUUACUCUGACCUCAAGCUACGGGGAGAGAACGUGUCAUUCAGCUUCCGUAGCACCCAGAGCCCGGCGCUGCUCCUCUACGUCAGCUCCUACUAUAGAGAGUACCUGGCUGUGCUACUCAAUAGGAACGGUUACCUGGACGUUAAAUACAAACUGCAGAACAGUAGAGAUGCUGAGGUGUUCGGUACCAGCGUUAGGAACCUGGCCGACGGACAACUUCACAGAGUCUCCAUCAGGAGGCUUUCAGAGACUGUCAGUGUUCAGAUUGACCAGCACGAAAGGGAAGACUUCAAUCUCACAUCUGAUGCAGAAUUCAAUGCUAUCAAGUCAGUUGUCCUGGGGAAAGUGCAUGAGUCUGGUGAGUUGGAUCCAGAGAUUGCCAGGCUGAACUCCCAGGGUUUCAGUGGCUGUCUGUCGGUGGUACAGUUUAACUCCGUAGCCCCACUGAAGGCAGCGCUGCUCUACCCCAACACCAGCCCAGUUAUAGUGAUUGGAUCCCUAGCAGAGUCCACCUGUGGCUCCUCAUCUCCAGCCAAUCCCUACCCAGCUGAAACUACACACUCCCUAUCAGAUCAUUUAGGUACAGUAGGUACUGGUGAGCCUAUAGUCAAUGCAAUCAAGAGUGACUCUGCAUUGAUUGGAGGUGUGAUUGCUGUGGUGAUAUUUGUGAUUCUGUCUGCGUUAGCAAUAAUGGCAAGGUUCCUGUAUCGACGGAAAGAGACAUUCCACACCCAAGAACCCCAAGGAAUCAAACCUGAGGCCGACAGUCCUGAAUACCCUUUCCACAGCGAGCCCACCUCACAGAACAUACUAAGUGAAAACCAAAAGGAGUAUUUCAUAUAGGUCCAACUAUCCACCUCUCGAUCUUCUCGAUGUUGGACUAAUCCAGUGAAUCUGAUUAAGGAAGCACAUGCCUUGCCAAGCCCUAGAAACGUUAAUUACAUUCACAGUACGUUACACACACAGUACAUGCAGUAAAAGACCAUCAGCAACUGUCAAAACAAGAUGGCUGACCAUGAUUUGAAGAAGACAACAAAUAAUCUGUAAAUGCAUCCAUGUAUUGUGGUUUCAAGUAGUUACCACAGCCACAAAACCAAAAUGGGCUAUAUUGUAAACAAUAAUGGAAACUAAAGUUUUCUUUUCGGUCUUAAUUUAAGGUUAGGGUUAGACAUAAGGUUAGCAGUGUGGUUAAGGAUUGGGUUAAGGUUAGGGUUAGGUUUGAAAUCAUAUUUUAGAGAAAUUGUAGCAAUAGACUGGGUUUUUGACUUUGUGGCUGUAGUAACUAGUGAUGACCACAUAUUGUUUACUGUUUUUUGUACACACUGUUUGUACUGGUAAUAUGACACAAGUGUAGAUGAUAGACUUUGAAAGGUGUUGAUAACUGUCAUUCAUGGGAGUGUAAAUAUUCUUUAAAAAUGUAAAUGUUGAAUUAAUUCAUGUCUUUAUAACAAUCGCUGUCUAAUAUUCCUCUCUGGUGAUACAGUACUGAAAAUAUAAUAAUAAUGCCUGGAUGGAUUUAUACUGUAUGUACCUGCAGUACGGUUAUGAAGAUGAUACAAUACAUGUUUGGACUAUUGAGUUGAAAGUAUUUUGGUAUUAUGAUGAUGCAUUUGCUUCAUUGAGAGAUUUAGAUGUUUUAGCCAUAGAGAUUCCCUCUACAGCACACACAGUAUAUAUUGUACUGUGUAUUACAGUAAUAACGUCUCAAAAUCUGUUGACCAAAAUACAUGAGAACAUGUAUUGAACAAACAUAUCGAAUCGAACAUCCCACUGACAAAACUUAUGUAAAUACAGUAUUAUGUUCCAAAUGUUAUUUUUUUUGUAGAUAAUUUUUUUUUGUACUUUUCUGUACUUCAGAAAGUUCCGUGGCAAGCAUAACCUGCAAUUUUGUGUGCUUGCUCUGCAUUAUUGUCACGCUCGUGAUAAUGGACGGACCAAGGCGCAGCGUGAUUUGAGUUCCACAUCCUUUUAUUAAGUGAAAACUUCUCAACCAAACAAUAAACAAGCAACGAAACGUGUCUUACGUGGUGCAACAAGCACAAACACAAACAAUAUCCCACAAAUGCAGGUGGGAACAGAGACACCUUAAGUAUGAUCCCCAAUUAGAGACAACGAUAAUGAGCUGCCUCUAAUUGGGAACCAUACUCAAACCCAAACAUAGAAAUAUAUCGACUAGAACACCCCCUAGUCAUGCCCUGACCUAUAACACCAUAGAGAACCAAGGGCUCUCUAUGGUCAGGGCGUGACAAUUAUCCUGGAUAAAAAUAAAAGCAUAGCCAUUUAACGGUUUUCUUUGAAACACUGCUUCCUUACCACCCACAGCUAGAACACUUUGACUGACUGAAUUCUCAGAAAAGCUUUGAACGGAACUCACAACAUUAGGUUCACUCUAAAACACGCUAAUCGCCACCUUCCUUUCACAAGGUGCUAAUCUUUAUGAGAAUACACAGUUUGGUUUGUCAGACAGACAGACUGGUUUGGUGGGAUUGGUGAUUCAUAGGAAGCAGAAUGAUAAUCAGAGGAAGUUCAUCUGAGACACGCUGACAGAGUCAGAGAAGAGGAGAUGGAUCUGAUGAAUGCCAACCUGUCGACCUGUCAGCAUGCGUGUCUUCAUUCGGUUCAAACAGCGGUACAGACUAGAUCAGGAAGGUAAAGAGGAGAGGAUUGUCGUCAUCAGUUGCUGUUCAUCACACAAACACUGCUCUCUGUGUUAGUUGGAACCCUGGAGAAAAUAGAUAGUAUUUUAAUUGGAAGACUUUUGACCAUUUCUACAACAUUAUUUUCUUCCACAAUGCCUUUUUUCCUGGUCAGAUUAGAUGUUCCCAAGCGUUAAACAUUGUAUGAAUCUACUAGAUGUUGGUUGGAGACAGGUAACCAUAAGGAGUUUUUUCUACAGCCCCCACAGUCACGCCGCUGCACAGUAUUUAACUAGACAAGUCAGUUAAGAACAAAUUCUUAUUUACAAUGACAGCCUACCUGGCCAAACCCUCCCCUAACCCGGACGACGCUGGGCCAAUUGUGCGCUGACCUAUGGGACUCCCAAUCAAAGACGGUUGUGAUACAGCCUGGUAUCGAACCAGGGUUUGUAGUGACACCUCUAGCACUGAGAUGCAGUGCCUUAGACCGCUGCGCCACUCUGGAGCCCUUGACCAGGCCCCAUAGGGCAAUGGUGAAAAGUAGUACACUAUAUAGGGAUUAGGGUACCAUUUGGGACACAACCUCUGGUAAUAAGCCCACAGAGAGUGCAGUCUAAAAUACCCAUGGACAGAAACAAAUGGAUAGCUGAUAUCGAGUCUUUGCCUAGUAUCCCUUUAUUCAGUAUAAAAACCCUCACACUCCCAUGUUGGUAUGUUUUAGGGCAGGAUACUAGACAAUAUCAUGGAUUAUCGGACCACGGAGAUUGCAAUCUAAAAUACCUAUGGACAGAAACAGCAUAUUGAGUCUGCCUAAUGAGUAUAAAAACCUAUACUACCUACUCUUCACACCCCUGUGGUAUUUUGUCAUGCAAAGCAGAGUGUCAAUAUGCCUGGGAAUAGAUCCAAUCGGAGGUGUGAAGGCAUUCAUUUUGAUUUCUGGGACAAGCUGUGUAUACCGUAAGUUGAAGAAACGAAGUGCUAACUAUACACUAAUGGGCAUGUUGUCAUAACUGAAGUUUGAGGGGUAUUAAAGGUUUAUUCUUUUGGGGGGGCUUUAGUUUCACUUUUUUUUACAUUAUACAUGGUUGGGAUUGAACUGAACACUACUCAAUGUAACUAUAAUGGAAUGAUGCUUAUUGGUGAUUAACAGUAUAAUGUCAGUGACUGUUUUCAUUAUAUUCAGGUUGUUUUGAUUAACAAGUAUAUCCUGUUCAAUAAAAUUCAAAUCUAUCAGUUA